AAGAAUCGCCAUCAGAUAUCGAAGGUGUUCGUCUUAAUACCCGUUUCGGCGUUUGUUGGCGUGACUAACAUCACAAGAGGUUUGAUAGGCGUAAUAAAAGGCAAUAGGAUGCCGACUGCUCCGCUAAGGGUGGCUGUUGUGUGUUCCAGCAAUCAAAAUCGCAGCAUGGAAGCGCAUAAUAUUCUCAGUAAAAGAUCAUUCAAUGUACGAUCAUUUGGAACAGGAACUCAUGUCAAACUUCCAGGACCAGCUCCAGACAAGCCAAAUGUUUAUGAUUUCAAAACCACAUAUGAACAGAUGUACAACGAUCUACUUAAGAAAGAUAAAGAACUAUAUACACAAAAUGGUAUUUUGCACAUGCUGGACAGAAAUAGAAGGAUCAAACCACGACCUGAGAGAUUUCAGAACUGCAAGGACAACUUUGAUCUAGUGAUUACCUGUGAGGAAAGGGUCUACGAUCAAGUAGUAGAAGAAUUGAAUUCUAGAGAACAAGAGACAUGCCAGCCAGUUCAUGUUAUCAAUGUUGAUAUCCAAGAUAACCACGAAGAAGCAACUCUAGGAGCAUUUUUGAUUUGUGAACUUUGCCAGUGUAUACAGCACACAGAAGACAUGGAGAAUGAAAUAGACGAACUUUUGCAGGAAUUUGAAGAUAAAAGUGGCAGGACCUUUCUCCAUACUAUUUGCUUUUAUUGAUGCAAAUCCUCUCAGGCCUUAUAAAUGACUAUAUUGUUAUUGGCAUUUGCAAGAAACUUUUUUUUUUUUUCUCCCUAUAUUUUACUUUGACAAAGUGUUUUCCUCCUUCAGGUAAUGUGUCCGAAAAGGCAGGGAUGUAUAAAUGUUUGUGUAUAUAUGGAAAAGAAAAACUACAACAGAUAUUAAAGCAAAAUCAAGAUUACCUGAAAUUGUGCUGGAUAAAAGUAUUACUUUCAUAUCUUUUUUUUUUUUUUUUUUUUUUCAGAUGUGGAUUAUUUCUGUUGUGGUUCUCUUUGCUUUUCUUAACCCCUUUUCUGCCAGGAUCCUCAUAACUCAAUGUUAUUUUUUAGAUAAGGGGUUAACACUGACUCUAAAUUCUGUAAAGGCAGACCUAUAUAUAUGAUUGUCAGUAUCUGUAAUAUAAUAGGUAAUAAAUUGGAAUGGUAUA